AUGGGCAUACAAACAUAUACCACCUGUGAGCUGCAUUUCGGCUCCUGGGUCCAUCCUACCAGCCGCAUCAACAUCACACCGGGCAAAGUCGACACGUCGGAGUACCAGGAAAACGAGCAGUUCAUGUUGGCAAAGAGUGAGAUCCACAGAGAGGUACGGACCUACAGUGGAAACGUUAGCUAUUCCCUGGUGAAGGUUCUGAUCCACCUGAAGCGCCGCUGCGACUACUACAAGUUCAACAUGAUCCAGCCAUGGGCUAUCCUCAUGGCCCUCAACAUCGCUGCGUUCUACAUUCCGACGGACUGUGGAGAGCGGCUGGGUUUCACCAUCACCAUCCUGCUGUCACUCAUCCUGUUCCAGGAAGUUGUGGCCCAACAGCUGCCGCACACCUCCACCACUACACCUUUACUGUCGCGGUUCUUCGCCAUGACCACAGGCCUGGUCAGCUUCACCAUUCUGGCCACCGUGCUGGUCACUCGCCUGUCCUACUGUACCCUUCCGUCUCGUCUGCUGUCCCCUCGGAUCCGCCGUGUCCUGCUCGACAAGGUCUCCCCACGGCUCGGCAUGGGGGUCAGCAAGCCGCGCAAGAAACUCUCAGUGUCCUUCUCAGACCCCGUUUACGACACUUUCAGGAAACUAGAGUCUCUGAAGAGUCGUAGUAACAGCGUGUGUGAGGUCACUACUGACCAUCUGGUUAAAGACAUCGCGAUGUUUUGUCGUGGGUUCACUCAAUACCUGAAGGAGAAGCACAAUGCAGAGGACGAGCUCGAGGAAUGUAAGAUGGCAGCUCUGGUCUUGGAUCGUAUUUUUAUGAUCAUCGUUGCUACUCUGUCCGCCGCUCAGGGUUUGUACUUCUUAGCCAUGGAGCCUGAAACCUGUUAGACCAUUGUAUCUUUCGCCAGACAUUAGAAUCCAGGCAAAUGCUUAUCCAUGAAAAGAAAGCUUGUAGAUCAAAUACCUUU